AUGGCAAAUCCUACUCCUUUGACUGCUGCCGAGCUUCAAGCCCAUCCAGAGUUCAAGCACGUUACCUGGGACCUCAAACCCGAGAAGAAGGAAUCUGUCGCUGUGGCCAAUGGUCGUGGAGGCCCUAUCAAUAUCGCAUAUGAAGUCCAUGGCCAUGGUGAUAUUCAUCUCGUGGUAAGUAUGCGUUAUAGAAAAUGGGUAAUGGGCCUAGGCGCCUUCAAAAGCGCCUGGCAACGUCAAACCAAAGACUUCGCCCAUACCCAGGCCUCCAAAUACACAUCCCUGAUCUUCGACAAUCGCGGCAUGGGCGAAUCCGACAAGCCACUGGCCCGCUACUCGACCUCUGACAUGGCUCUCGACGCCAUCGAACUUUUGGACCAUCUCGGAUGGACAGGCAGGCGACAAUGCCACAUCAUCGGCAUUAGCAUGGGCGGCAUGAUUUCGCAGGAGAUUGCAAUCCGCAUUCCCUCUCGCAUCGCAUCACUUUCGCUCGUCUCUACAGCGCCGCGGCUCGUCAACACGGUCGGCUUUGUUGAGAACAUCCGCAAUCGCAUCAACCUGUUCAUCCCGCGCCACAUCGACGAGCAACUCACACGCGUGAAGUACAACUUGUUCACUGCCGACUGGUGCAACGCGCCAGACGAGCACGAAUACACGGUCAAGUCGUUCCCGACCAACGGCGAUCGUAUGAUGGCGUCGGAAAUCACGAAGCGCAAUAACACGGCACAGUUCACACGGCGCGGCUUCCUCUUACAGAUCAUCGCGGCCGGAUGGCACCACAAAUCGGAUGCUCAGUUGAAGCAGAUUGGCGACGAAGUGGGGAGGGAGAGAAUCAUGGUUGUGCAUGGGACAAAUGACAACAUGAUCACUUUUCCGCAUGGCCCGAUGCUAUUGAAAGGGCUAGGGGGUGAGGAAGGAGGCGUGACAAAGAAAUUCAUUGAUGGGCAGGGACACAUGCUACCGGCGGAGAUGAGGAAGGAAUUCAAUGGAUGGAUCGAGGAUCUGGUGCGGAGAGGUGAAGAGUUGAAUAGUAAGAGUUGA